UGACCAUAUUUGGAAAGGGCGUUCCAGGGGCACGCCGUACGUCACCUCUGCGUCACGUCCGCUUUUCCCUUUCCAGUUCGAGCUCUCAACAUGGCGCCGCAGAUCAAACAGAGGAGGCCAGCUGUUGGCAAGAAGUCCAAAAAGGGAGCUUCAUGGAAGUUCACCUUGGACCUGACCCACCCUGUAGAGGAUGGGAUCCUGGACUCUGCAAACUUUGAAACCUUCCUCAAAGAGAGGAUCAAGGUGAACGGAAAGACGGGGAAUCUAGGUAACAUUGUCCAGGUUGGCCGCCUGAAGAACAAGAUCAAUGUCACGUCAGAGAAGCAGUUCUCUAAAAGGUAUCUGAAAUACCUGACAAAGAAGUACCUGAAAAAGAACAAUCUUCGUGACUGGCUGAGGGUUGUGGCGUCUGACAAGGAGACUUAUGAGCUGCGUUACUUCCAGAUCAGUCAGGACGACGAGGAGUCGGAGGCAGACGAGUGAUGAGCAGCAGCAGCAUGAAAUGACUGUCUGUCAUCUGGAGAAUAAAUGUGGGGAAAAAAAACAACCUGUCUUU